CAUUCAAACGCUUGUAUGAUAUCGACGUCCUUCCAAGAAAAAUGGCUGCGGUGACCGUGGGUCAGGUCGCUCUCCUUGGAAGGUUACAUGUGCCUAGAGCUGUAGGCGGAGUGCACAUAAUCCAGAACAGAAAGUCUAGUACUAAUUUAGCAAAUGUUCCAAGAGGAAGAGGCGGACGAUCAUCCUUUAGUGGACAAGUCGUUACAAUAUUUGGUGCAAAUGGUUUCAUAGGAACAAAGCUUGUCACCAGAUUUGGUAAGAAAGGGAGUAAGAUCAUCAUACCCUACAGAAAUGACCCAUACAGAGUUCAGCAUCUCAAGUUGGCAGCAGAUCUAGGACAGAUACAGUUUUUGCCAUUUCACUUAAAAGAAGAGGACACCAUCCGGAAGGCCCUGCAGUACUCCGACACUGUCAUCAAUGUUAUAAAUAAGGACUACCCCACAAGGAAAUUCAAUCUUGAGGAUGUGCAUGUAACAGGGGCCAGAACCAUUGCUCGGCUGUGUAAAGAAGAAGGCGUUACAAAUCUGGUUCACUUUUCUCAUCUGUUGGCCAGCCCAGAACCAAAACAGCUGAUUUCACCAGAAGGAACAGAGUUUUUCAAAGCAAAACAUGAAGGGGAACUUGCUGUACGAGAAGAAUUUCCUGAGGCCAUUAUAUUUCGGCCAUCAAUCAUGUUUGGGAGCAGUGACCGUUUCAUGAGAAAGUUCUACUAUAUUGGUAUGAACAAAAGAAGAGAAUUUACAGUCAAAUUCUGGAGAGGAGGAAAAGAAACAAUAAAGAUGCCGCUCUUUGGCUCAGAUGUUGUAGAUGGUGUCAUGUCAGCUCUUGAUAGACCAGAAAGCAGAGGCCAGACGUAUGAAGCAUAUGGUCCAGAUAGCUACUACAUGGAGGACAUUAUCAAAUUCUUCAACUUUUGUAUGAGGCGGCCAUUGUCUGGAGUAGAGGAUUUUAACGCCUCUGAUCUACUGAAGAUGAAACAUAUAGACCCUUAUAAUCCUUUUAGUUUGUACAAAUUCCAGAAUUUGUACACACUUGAGCAGGAGUCUCUAUCGGAAAAGCCAACGGGUCUACCAUCACUGGAAGACCUUGGAGUGAAGCUGACGAAACUUCCAGACCGUGCACGUUAUGAGCUCAGGUCAACACGUGUUGACGCUUAUUACGAUGAAGAAUUGGGUCAAUUUGCUGUGUGUGAUGAACCUCCUACCGUAGCGGAGGUAAAUGAAAGCCUCAAGAAGGGGAGACCUGAUGCUGGUGUAUUUACGCCACGCGUUUAGUGUCGAGACAAAAAACAUCUUGUGAUAGACAAUAUUGUAUAACAGCAAACAUGAUUCAUGUAGAAGUGAUUUCAUCAUUUCAAAAUGAGUGUGAAUUUGUGAAGCAACAGUUUUGAGUGAAAAAUCCUGUUCAGAAGUUGUAAUAAAUAUUUAUAGAGGA